UGGCGAACUCGAGAUGUGUGCGCCUCGCCGAUGAACGCAUCAGCAGCAGGAAAAUGCUGUCUCUUGGUAAAUGUUACUUUUUAUGUGCAUAGCUAUUUAUUAAUUACUGAGGCAGUAUUUCAAGAUAAGAUUAACUUCUCUUUUUUUCCAAUUUUGACUACAUUUAGAUCACCUGUUUUGAGAGUCUGCAAAACUCUUUCAUUUUUACAGUUCACUUCUGCAGUGGCAUUAGUGGCAGACUUGAAUUUAUAUCAGGUUGCGACAGCGGCAUCCUCCGAAAUGACCAACAAGCUUAACCUACACGCUUAACCUACAUAUCUGUUUGAGAUGGACUGGGAGGCUUUUUAUUCGGGCUGCUGAGCCCAGCAACUUUAUUCUCGCGCUGUGAGGACGCUCGUGAGGAUUUGACCACAGCAUUAGAUGAAGCAUGAAUUGCGAUUCUUCACAGAACUUCUCGUGAAGGGCAUGGUCCACGCUCAGGUGUGGGGAAGAUUUCCUCUAUGCAUCAAGUAUGCAAUAAUAUAAUAUCAGCUGAAGAGUGUUAAGCAAAGAUGUUUUCUGAAGAAGCUAAUUUCAGUUACACUUCGAACGGCACGGAUGAUGACACGUUGUCCGCGCUAGAUCAAGAUUGGAGCGACACUCCUGCUGAGAAACUGUCACGGACGGGACACAAUGUGGUCGCCGUUAUUUUGGGAUCUAUUCUGGUAUUCGGGAUCCUAAACAAUUUCAUCGUCCUCGUACUGUUUUGUAAAUUCAAGACCCUGCGGACUCCUGUGAACAUGCUUCUGCUCAACAUCAGUGUGAGUGACAUGCUCGUGUGUCUGUUCGGCACCACGCUCAGCUUCGCGGCCAGUAUCCGCGGCCGGUGGCUGGUGGGGAAACACGGGUGCAUGUGGUACGGAUUCGUCAACUCAUGCUUUGGGAUUGUAUCAUUGAUCUCUCUGGCAAUCCUUUCGUAUGAUCGUUACAGCACUUUAACUGUUUACAACAAGAGAGCCCCAGACUACAGCAAACCCUUGUUGGCUGUCGGGGGCUCCUGGCUCUACUCACUGUUCUGGACGGUUCCCCCCCUGCUGGGCUGGAGUAGCUAUGGACUGGAAGGGGCAGGAACCAGCUGUUCGGUCACAUGGACCGCCAACACUCCCCAGUCACAUUCAUAUAUCAUCUGCCUGUUCAUUUUCUGUUUGGGAAUCCCCGUGCUGGUCAUGGUGUACUGUUACAGCCGACUCCUCUGUGCUGUCAAACAGGUAGGGCGUAUCAGGAAGACAGCAGCAAGGCGGAGAGAGUACCACAUUUUAUUUAUGGUCAUCACUACAGUGGUGUGCUACCUUUUGUGCUGGAUGCCUUAUGGGGUUGUUGCAAUGAUGGCCACGUUCGGACGUCCCGGGAUCAUCACACCCAUUGCGAGCGUGGUGCCGUCCCUCCUUGCCAAAAGCAGCACAGUCAUCAACCCUCUUAUUUACAUCCUUAUGAACAAACAGUUUUACAGGUGUUUCCUCAUCCUGUUUCAUUGCAAACACAGCUCUCUAGAGAAUGGACAGUCCUCUAUGCCUUCAAGAACUACUGGCAUCCAGCUCAACCGAAGGGCUUAUAGCAACACAGUGGCUGGCAACGAACCUCCUUCCAUUGGUCUCCAGUGCAAUGAGUGCAGCACCCCUGUCUCGGGCUGAACCAAUGCACACACACACACACACACACA